AGUUUCUCCUUUAAUCCGCCAUCUUUCUGUUCUAUUCUUGAAAACGGGAAUAACAUGCACAAAACGCAAGGUGGCGCUGCUGGCUAAAAAGAGAAAAAAAUAAUCGCAUAAAGGAUGUUGCAGAUUCCAGUGUUAAGAGCAAAACUGGCCAGACCAGUAAAGUAGAGGAAAGGAAACCACUGUAAUAGGAGUUGGGGGAAAGUGGGGAUCCCUCCCCACAACCAUUGCUAUUGUCCAGCUCAUUUCUAAGGAUUCCGCUGAUGUCACUUCUGAGAGUUGCUUGAGGCUGAAAGUGUUUUUGAAAGACUGGUUAAAUGAAGAAUGGAGGCCAGAGUGGUGCGUACUGUGAAGAAAAGGCAAGUCCUAUUUCUUUGUGUAUUUCUGGGAGUGUCUUGGGCUGGUGUGGAACAGCUUCGGUAUUUUGUGGAAGAGGAAACAGAGAGAGGCACCUUUCUGGCCAACCUAGCAAAUGACCUGGGGUUGGGGGUGGGGGAACUGUCAGCAAGGGGACCCAGAAUUGUUUCAGAUCAGAACAUGCCAUUUUUACUACUUGACCCGCUUACUGGUCAUUUACUUCUAAAUGAGAAAUUAGACCGAGAGGAACUGUGCGGUCCCACAGAGCCGUGUGUGCUGCCUUUCCAGUUGUUACUGGAAAAGGCUCUUCAGAUUUUCCGUGCUGAGUUAUGGGUCAGAGACAUCAACGAUCAUUCUCCAGUAUUUCUAGAUAGAGAGAUUACCUUGAAAAUAUUAGAAAGUACCACUCCAGGGGCAGCAUUUCUCCUAGAAAGUGCACAGGAUUCAGAUGUUGGAACUAACAACCUGAGAAACUACACCAUCAGCCCCAAUGCCUAUUUCCGUAUUACUGUCCAUGAUAGUGGGGAGGGGAUUAUCUAUCCUGAAUUGGUUCUGGAUAGGGUGCUGGAUCGUGAAGAGGUGCUUGAGCUCACUUUAACCCUCACAGCCUUGGAUGGUGGCUCUCCGGCCAGAUCCGGGACUGCCUUGGUACGCAUUCUGGUUUUGGACAUAAAUGACAACAUCCCUGAAUUUGUACAGUCUCUCUACAAGGUGCAGGUGCCAGAGAAUAGCCCUGUUGGCUCCCUGGUUGUCACCGUGUCAGCUAGAGAUUUAGAUACUGGAAGUAAUGGGGAAAUAGUUUAUGCAUUUUUUUACGCUACUGAAAGAAUUCUCAAAACGUUUCAAAUCAAUCCAACAUCCGGCAAUCUUCAUCUUAAAGCUGCACUGAACUACGAGGAAAUGCAAACUUACACAUUAACCAUUCAGGCCAAAGACGGCGGAGGGCUUUCUGGAAAAUGUACUGUGAUGGUUCAGGUAACAGAUAUAAAUGAUAACCCACCAGAACUGCUCAUGUCAUCAUUUACUAGCCCAAUUAAAGAAAACUCACCCGAGACGGUCGUAGCUGUUUUCAGGAUUCGAGACAGAGAUUCAGGGAACAAUGCAAAGACAGUGUGCUCCAUCCCAGAUGACCUCCCCUUCGUUCUGAAGCCAUCUAUAGAGAAUUACUAUACCCUGGUAACCGAAAGCCCGCUGGACAGAGAAAAAAGAGUCGAGUACAACAUCACCAUCACCGUCACAGACAUGGGGACUCCCAGGCUGAAAACCCAGCACAACAUAACAGUGCUGGUGUCCGACGUCAACGACAACGCCCCCGCCUUCACCCAGGCCUCCUACACCCUGCGGGUCCGCGAGAACAACAGCCCCGCCCUGCACAUCGGCACCGUCAGCGCCACAGACACAGACGCCGGCGCCAACGCCCAGGUCACCUACUCGCUGCUGCCGCCCGCCGACCCGCACGUGCCCCUGGCCUCCCUCGUGUCCAUCAACGCCGACAACGGCCACCUGUUCGCCCUGCGGUCCCUGGACUACGAGGCCCUGCGCGCCUUCGAGUUCCGCGUGGGCGCCGCCGACCGCGGCUCGCCGCCGCUGAGCAGCCAGGCGCUGGUGCGCGUGCUCGUGGAGGACGACAACGACAACGCGCCCUUCGUGCUGUACCCGCUGCAGAACACCUCGGCGCCCUGCACCGAGCUGCUGCCCAGGGCGGCCGAGCCAGGUUACCUGGUGACCAAGGUGGUGGCGGUGGACGGCGACGCGGGCCAGAACGCCUGGCUGUCGUACCAGCUGCUCAAGGCCACGGAGCCCGGGCUGUUCGGCGUGUGGGCGCACAACGGCGAGGUGCGCACGGCCAGGCUGCUGAGCGAGCGCGACGCGGCCAGGCACAGGCUGCUGGUGCUGGUCAAGGACAAUGGCGAGCCGCCGCUGUCGGCCAGCGUCACGCUGCACGUGCUGCUGGUGGACGGCUUCUCGCAGCCCCACCUGCCGCCCCCGGAAGCGGAAGCGGAGGCGGCGGCCGCGGCGCCGGCCGACCCGCUCACCGUCUACCUGGUGGUGGCCUUGGCGUCCGUGUCGUCGCUCUUCCUCUUCUCGGUGCUGGUGUUCGUGGCGGUGCGGCUGUGCGGGCGGGGCGGGGCUGCGCGGGCGGGUCGCUGCUCGGUGCCCGAGGGCCCCUUCCCGGGCCACCUGGUGGACGUCAGCGGCACCGGCACCCUGUCCCACAGCUACCAGUACCAGGUGCGUCUGAGGGGAGAUUUAGGGACCAGCGAGUUUAAGUUCCUGAAGCCGAUUAUCCCCAAUCUUGCAUCCCAGAGCAUAGGCAGGGAAGUAGAAGAAUAUCCCUCAUAUCGGAAUGAUUCGAGUUUCCGAUAAAGCAUGGGGUAUAAAAUGCCGGUAUUAUGCCUGUUAUAAUCCUAUUAAGAAAUUUAUCUUGAU